AGCUAUUUAAAAAAAACAAUAAGACUACCCCACUCCGUCCUUGACUACAUGAGCCCAGCCCACAGCGAGUUCUGAAAAGAGUGAAGAAGAUGGAGUCCUGUGGAAUGGAAAGUCACCUUUGCCGGUUGCAUGUGUAACCGUGAGCAGUGAGGAAUGGAUCAGGAAAGUGAGGUCGACUUAUCCAAUCUUGCCAUAACGCCGCUGUGGCGGAAGAGAAGACCAAUCCCCAAAUCACCCAAUAUGAGGUCUUUGAACCGUCGCAGCAAGGCAAGGCCAUGCUCAUACCAAAUCGAUGGCAUCCUGGUGACAGAUUUCCCAGCAGACGGCAACAUUCCUACCCAAAACGGAAACAUUGCUUCACCUCCAGAUGGCCACCUCCUGCUCCAGAGGCAGCUCUCCACCCAUUCACUUCCAACACCUGAUAAACAGCGCCUCGUGCUGAGCACCGACAGUGCCGUUUCGCUCAAGAACGGAACGCAGCAGAUCAUUCCCAAGGACCUGGCAUCUGCUAUUAAAAUCAAGAACCACCAUCAGAACAAUCAGAAUCUGGAGUUUCGUACAAGGAGCCGUCGAGUGCAGAGUAUGGUUGAGACAGUUCAUGAUCCACUUGUACCGAAACUGGAGCUGGAUGGAGACACAGACCCUGACCUGGAGUGCCCAGGCCAGCUCCGCAGGGGACUGAGGUCCACCUCGUACAGAAGAGCAGUGGUCAGUGGCGUUCAUUUUGACAACUCGUCGAGCGUAAAGAACAACAACCGCAGGUCCCAACCCAAUCUGAAGACCGUCCUAGAGGACAAAGAGAAGUUCCCCAGUCUGUGCAGAGGAAAGGAACACGAGAAGAAGCAGCUGUCGAAUAAGGGCCCAUUCGAUGGCGAAGGUAACUGUCAGAUUCAUGCCUUGUAUUAA